GUCAUGCUCAGCUGAGUUGCUGUGUUCAAGAAGAAGGCUUGCCUCAUGGAGAAAAUCUCUGCCCAGGCGCCAGUCUUCAACUUUAAGAGGUUUUGCCAACAGGACCGUGGAGCAGCAUACUUUACCUAGGUCAUUUGGUAGAGUGUUUUGAGACGGAGGUCAACCGAGCCUUGCUGAGGAAGUUCAUGCUGCCCAUUGUUCUUUAACAUGUUUUGACAAUUGAGAUCCUGGUGUCAGGAUGUACUCAAAGAGGCCGUCGACUGCGGGCAGCGGUAGCACGUCGUCUGGGUUGAAUCCUGCAGCGCAGAGUGCGCGACGUACUCAGAACAGGCUGCUGCACCCCUCACAGAAUCGCAUUCGAAGGUGGCCACUGACAGAAGAAACCGCUGAGUCAUCAGUGAAGCAGAUCAGGAUUGCACAGGAUGGAAGGUACAUCGUCAUUCUACUGCAUUCUGGCAUCGUGCAAGUCUACAACACCGGCAAAGGCACCGUCCACUCCCUUUGGUCUGCCGGCCACCACGUGAACUGCAUCGCCCUCUGGUGCCCCCCCCAAGACUCGCUCAUUCAGGAGAGCCUCACCGAGCUCACCCAACUCAGCUCGUUCAGUUCCACGUCUUCGGACGCCGCUUCCAAUGGUCCGAAUGACUUUUCGGACGAUGAUGAGGAAGAGAUUGACCCCUCCAAGGAGCAGUGGAUCUCGCAGUUGCACAGCGCGCACGUGUGCCUGCUGGCCGCAGGGACGGAGAAGGGUCAGCUGCUUGUCUGGAAUCUGGAUGCCAAGGGCGAGGGGGGGAGUAGAUACAGUCGGAGUUCGUACGGAGGGUCUACCAGGAGCACCGGGACUUCGAGCUGGAUCGGGAACGUCGGCUGGCGGCGGCGGUGUGUCGUGCGGUCUCUCUUGAAGAAUAGCCGAAAUGCGCCAAGCCAAGGGGUCAAGGAACCGCGGCCCGAUUUCUUCAUGACGGCGAAAGAAACGAUUCAGUCGACGAUCAUCGCGCCGAUCGGGUCGCUCACGGGGCUCAGGAAGAAGGACGUUGUGAUCACGAUCAAGGAGGAGCAGAGCAGUGGCGCGAACGGCGAAGUGGUCCCUUAUGCGCCUCCGGUUGACGGUCUCGUCAGUCCCGCACCGAAAAGCCUCGGCUCCGACGCCGCCGAGACGCAGCGCUUCUGGCAGGGGAGCAAGCCCCGGGUUUUCGUUAACCCUGCGGGGCUAGUUUCUAACAUCUCCGCGGUGCGCUUCACUCCGGACGGUUUCUAUGUGGUGACGGGAGGGGGCAUUGGGGAUGUGCUCUUAUGGGACGUAAGUCCCGAGGGGCAGAAUACGUUACCCAAAGUGUUGGGGGCGGGAGAGGGGCGGCCGGUGCUGGGUUUGGACGUCGAUGCAAUGUCCGAUGGGAGGGGGUACUGGUUUGGCGUGGCGAUGGAGGCGGACGUUCUGCAGGUUUGGGAGGUGCGCGACCACCGCAAGACGGGCCUCGAGCGCUCAUCCGUGCACUCCCUCGGAGCUGACGGCGAGUUCCCCGUUUCCGUGCACAUCCGCUCUCUGGAAGGAGGCCCUGUUCAGGUGCUGGCGGGCUAUGACGCACUCUGGGAACAGGCCUCGCAAGUAGAGGUUAAAGUCUGGGAGAGGGCCCCCCGCAGUUUAACCCAGAACCUGUGGUCCUGGUCGGAGGCGCACUACAUGCAGGACGUGACAGCUGUCAGUCUGGCGGCAGAGUCGGGGAAGGUGUUGACGAUCGGGGAGGAGGGGUCGACGCUGACGGUGUGGGACGCAAACAGCAUGGCGCCACUGUACACCAAGGAGCUGCAGUCCAGCCGCGUCGCCUGGCAGCACUGCGCGAUCUCCAGCGACGGCGAUCACUUCGUCGGUAUCGACGACGGGGGCCACGUGACGCUCGCUCCCUGGAACGGCCGGGGGGCGAUGACGUACGAGGCGCCAGCUGGCAUGCAAAUGAGCGGCGCGUGCGUCUCGUGGUGUGGACACUUCAUGGCGUGCGGGGGCUGGCGGAACGACGACGUCACGAGGGAGAUCAUCAAGUGUGUUGCCGUGUUCAGAUGGGUGGAGGAAGAGCGGCGGUGGGCUGAGCGCAUCACGGUGCUGCCACCUCAUCUGGACAGCAUAGAGCACCUAGAGCUGUCCCCGGACGGGCGCUGGCUGCUGACGUCACACUCGGGCAGCGGCAGCACGCGGGAUGACGCGAUUGCGGCGUGGUGGAUCAAGGGCGGCCGCUGUGACCUAAGGUGGGCCAAGAAGCUGGACGGCGAGGUGACGCGCAUCCAGUUCUCGCACGACGGCCGCCUCGCGUCCGUCAUCGUCAAGCAGGGCCUUGCCACCGUCCUCGAACCGGAUUCCGCCCUUCCGGCCCUCCGAACGGAAGUCCACCUGUGGGCGGUGUCCGCAUGGCCCGCCGGACGGUCCGACCGUUCUUCGGAGAGUCCGUCGGUCGGCUCGCGGACGUCCGCAGGGCAACCCGGGAGCAGCGAGAACGGGAGCGAGAACGGAAGCGACGCGAGCGAGGCCCUGUUUACGAUGUCGACGCAGCCGCCGAGCGUGGUGCUGAAACACGAGGAUGGGUUUCAGUCGGCAAGCUUCCGACAGGGUCCGACAGGCCCGGAGCUGAUCUGCCUCAACGGCGAGCACAAGGUCACCCUGUACCAGGAAGAGGGCCCCCUCAUUUGGACGCCAUUCGAGCUGCUCUGCCUGGGCGCGCACCAAAAGGUGAUUAGCUGCGCCGCGGCAGACGGGAUCAAGGGCUCGACCGCACUGCUGGUGACGGAAACGAGUUGCAAGAGCAGCAAGCUGUGGGUUAUGGGACCGCACUCGGCGGAGGAGGGCCCGGGAGGGGGGCCUUUCAUCGGGACGAUGCAGCGGGCGCGGCUCAAACACAUCAUCAGCGCCUCCAACGCCAUCUACAAGCGCUACGGCACGUUCGACGGCGAGGAUCGCGCCACGUCAUCCUUUGUGGCGGUGCCCAUCCCGGGCACGUCGCUCAUAAAGAUGAUCGACAUUACGUUUCUGUCGAGUCAGCAGCCGUCUUUCUCCGAUGUGUUACGGGGGCUCCGCUCGCUCCAGCCCCAGGGGUCGAAGUUUGCGUACUCUGCCAGCAGUUUGGGUUCGCUCCAGGGGGCUGCAAACGGGGCCAGCCCGGCCCCCCUGCAGAGCGGCCAGCUACCCCCCCGCGAGAUGGACUUCAUGCGGCAGCUGCUGGCGCGCUAUCCCUGCAUCGUAAACCUGCGCGAAAAGGGGAUCGUGUCCUGGCGCCUGCCCCCCAGUAUGAGCUUCAGCGCGCGCGCCGCCAGUUCGAACAACAGCCGGGGGUCUCGGAACGCUUCCAGCAAGAGCGCUGAGAGGGAUCCCCCGAGUGGUGUCAGUCCCGGGGGGGUGUGCAGCCUGAUGGACUUACUCCAGCAGGGGUCGCCCACUAGGGGCGACCAUUUGACACUAAUUGCAGUCGCGGUCGCGCUCCGAGGGGGCGACAUUUUGGAGGUCCUUCUGGAGGAGCACCGCUUCGCGAACGGGGGGACCGACGACGGCCUCCGCAGCACGUCGUUCAACUCGGGGGAGCUCCUCCCAGACAGGGGGCACGAAAAGGCGCAGAGAGUGGCCCCCCCGGUAGCACUGGACCUGGGGAGGAUCGCGUGGGUUGAUUGGCACGGACGGGAACGGACGGGUGACGUGUUGGAAUUGGCGGUGGAUCGAGGAGAUCUGCAGGCGGUGUCAAAGUUGCUGGAGGCGAUCCCGACGAGGACGAGCGCGUACUCGCGGGGGGGGCUCGUGCGGGGGCUCAUUGCGGUGGCGGGGGCAUACCCCAGCAUGAUGGCCCCCCUGUUGGACACCCUCGGCCUGGGCCCCAGCCUUCCCCAGGUUGCGGAAGGCGUCGAGUGGGCAGUUCUGAACGACGACUCCCUCACGCUCCCGAGCGACCGCAUCUCCCAACGGGGCCUCUGGGAAGUCUACAUCCAAGACCUGGAAGGCCUCAUUCAGCGACACCCCCACGGUUGUCAUUGCCGGGGGUGUCUCAUACGGCGGGUGAAGUGCAUGUUUAGGAGGAGCGAGGAGUGCCGGGCGGAGUUUGGGAACCCGAUGGGGGGCGGGCGGCAAGGGGGGGGUCAGCCUGUGGAGGCGCGGAUGGUACGGCUGCGGACGCUGUCGUUGGCGGAUUACCGAGUGAACCUCUUCUGGGCGAUCGUGCGCUACUGCACGCGCGAGACGGCGCGCGACGUGUUCACGACGGCCAUCAUGCGCGCGCUGCUGAACCACAAGUGGAACGCCUACGGCCGUUGGAUUGUUACCAAGACCGUCGUCCUCUACACGAUCUACCUGCUGCUGUUUCUGAUCGUGGUCCUGGUUCCGACAUCGUCGCCCAACAUGGGCACGGAUUCUGCCGCCGGGCGCGCGACGUAUGUCUCGGGCGCGACGCUCGUGGUGUUUCACCUGGGGAUCCUCAUCAAGUACCGCCGCACCUGGUUCUCCAAGCAGGGCCAGCCGCGCACAAUUGCGCUCGUGUGGUUCCUCAACAACUUCAUGACCACCGCCACCGUCGGCCUCAUCUGGGCGCAAAUCUCAUACCGCGGCGCGGGCGGCCUCGGCGCCGUGCCCCCCAACCUAGUUUCCGCAACCAACAUCGUCUCCGCCGCGUCCGCGCUCCUCAUCUGCAUGCGCGGCCUCUGGAUCUUUACUUCAUUCUCCAUGUUCGGUCCGCUCGUUUCACUGCUCCUCGAAGUGGUCGCCGACAUAAAAGCCUUCCUCGUAGUCCUCCUUCUAGUUCUCCUCUCCUUCUCGCUCGCGUACACGCUUCUCUAUGCGGACGGGCUCUCGACGCGCGUGCAAGAGCGCUGCGGCGUGUCGUACGACCCGUUCUCGAGCUGGCCCCGCAGCGCGGUGUUCCUGUUCCAGUCCAUGUUCGGCCAGGUCGACAUGUGCCCCUUCAUCAACGCAAAGCCGCAGACAAUCCGCUGGGCAUCCACCGCGCUCUUCCUCGUCUUCAUGCUCAUCGUGGCCAUCAUCAUGCUGACGGUGCUCAUCGCUAUCAUCAGCCGCACGUUCGAAAAGAUGCGCAAGCAAGCGGAGGUUCACUUUCUCCGAGGCCGCGCCCAGAUGCUCUUCCUCAUCGAAACCAAUAUGUCGACCGCCGAGCGGUGCAACCCGGAGUGGUUCCCCGCGUGGCUGCACGUCCUGGUGCCACGUGACAUGACCCUGAGGAAGCGCCCGGGGGAAGCCCCCCGACCUAGUUUGCAGCGGAGCAGGUCGAAGAAGCGGGAGAAGGAGCAGGUGCUGAAGCAACUAGAUGGGCUGGAGGAGAAGCUGCGCGGGCUGAGCGAGAUCGUGCAGCGGCUGGCCGAGGGGAAGGACGGGGGCGCGGAGAGUGCGGGCGCGGCGUCCUCCAACAAAGGACUCCAAGUGACCAAGUCGUCUAGCCAUAGACCAAUCUCGGGGGAAGGAAGCUCCGAGGUGCUCUCCAGACGUUGGAGCCACGGGUCCUCCGGGCAUUGGUAUGCUUGAAAUAGGACGUGCUAACCUGAUAAGCAUUUGAAGUAAGCGGCUCAUUGUGUUGCUUCAGUAGCAGGUUUGUAAGACAAUCUGAUGCGAGCUGCGCUUUAACCCUUCAAGAACGACAUGUAUAGUAAGCAGCGUAUGGCUGCUUUUCUUAAUGUAAAAUAUUGCCAAUACGAGCUCCUUUUACG